AUGACUAACUUGGUACUCUUUGUCAUUCUUUCAUUGCUCUCCAUUACUAUAGCUGAGGAUCGAGCUCACGGGCUCAAGAAUGAGAGCCCCAUGGCCCUCUCGCCACAAGCAUACGCAUUUUUCCACCCUCAAAACACGCAACAGCCGAGCCUGAGUCCCUCGUGUCAUUCAUCAGAUUGCUCGUCAUUGGUUGUUUCUGCAACGGUGAAAUCUACUCCGGUGCACGAAAGCGUAGUAUCAGGUGGGAAUCGAUUAGAAACCAGUUGUCUUGCUGGGAUUCCAUUCAGUUUUUGGUUCACAAGUCUCGUAAUGAUGGGGAUUUUACUAUGUUGUGGUCCUAACUUGAACCAAGCUAAUCCCGAGCAGCCAGAGGCAUGGAAUGUCUAUAGCAGCUAA